UUCUGUCUGUGCCCAAGCCACGCAAACAAAGAACGACCACAACUACAAGUCAAAACUUUCCUUAUCCGCUUCUAUUCCAACUACGUGGCAAGUUCUUAUACCCAACCUGCGUCGAAGUUUAGUUACCAAUAAAAAAACCUGCAUCGAAGUUGAGUUGAAUAAUUGAAUAACUAACCAGUCCUAAUUCAAAACUUUGGCUCUUCGUUGGGCGAGUCACUGAGCGGAUGAGCGAGUUAGAGAAUAUCGGAAAAUAUGGGAAUGGCCAGCUGCUUCUGCUCCAAGUGUCCCUUCCGCUAUGCACCUUUUUACCUAAGUUCCCCUUCGCUUCUGAGUUCUCUCUGCAUCAACUCACCCUCAAUCAAACUCAUAAACCAUAAUCGAGACAGCACUUACCCCCGUUUCGGCACAAAACCCGUUCUGGGUUUUAUUCAUCUUCCUCCUUCCAGCCUUCCUAGAACAGAAGAGUCCGACAGAGAAAGCUGCAAAGACGACGAGGACGGUUUCAUCCAUGGCGACGAUAAGGGAAGAGGCACGAAGCAAGAAUGGAAUGAGAUGGAGUUCGACAAGGUACAACUAAGAGGCGUUGCAACAGCGAUAGAAGAAACUAUUUCAGAAGAGAAUUUUGGGGUCAUUGCCGCCUGUGUCGUCGGUCUUGUUACUGGUCUUGGUGUCGUGCUCUUCAACAAUGCGGUGCAUGAAAUACGGGAUUUCUUCUGGGAUGGAAUUGCUUCUCGAGGUGCUUCAUGGUUGAGAGAGGAGCCUAUUGAAGAAAUUUGGAAACAAGUAAUUUUAGUACCUGUUUGUGGGGGUAUGAUGGUAGGUGCAUUGAACAGUCUUCAUGUUGCUCUCAAAACCCCUUCUGAAGGAACAUUCUUAUCUGAUUUGAAGGCUGCUUCAAGGCCAUUUUUAAAGGCAGUUGCAGCCGCCAUUACUCUAGGGACUGGAAAUUCAUUGGGACCUGAAGGUCCUAGUGUUGAGAUUGGUGCAUCCAUAGCCAAGGGAGUUGGUAAUUUAUUUGAGUGUAAUAAAGAAAGGAAGCUUUCUCUCUUGGCUGCAGGUUCAGCAGCUGGAAUCUCAUCAGGUUUCAAUGCUGCUGUUGCUGGAUGCUUUUUCGCUGUGGAAUCAGUGUUGUGGCCAUCUCCAGAAAUUUCUUCCUUAUCACUCACAAAUACAACUUCAAUGGUAAUACUCAGUGCAGUGAUAGCUUCUGUAGUGUCAGAAGCUGGUCUUGGUUCUGAACCAGCCUUCAGGGUCCCAGAAUAUGAUUUUCGUUCACCAAGUGAACUUCCACUGUAUCUUUUGCUGGGUAUCCUAUGCGGGCUGGUUUCAUUGGCCUUAUCUAGAAGCACAUCCUAUGCACUGACAGCCGUUGACAAUGUCCAGAAAGCCACAGGAGCACCAAAAGCUGUAUUUCCUGUAUUUGGUGGAUUAGUUGUUGGAUUGAUAGCUCUAGCAUAUCCCGAGAUUCUUUAUUGGGGUUUUGAGAAUGUUGACAUUUUGUUAGAAUCAAGGCCACUUGUAAAAGGCUUACCUGCACACUUAUUGCUUCAGUUAAUUGGUGUCAAGAUUUUAGCAACUUCUUUAUGCCGUGCUUCUGGAUUAGUGGGAGGAUACUAUGCUCCAUCUCUCUUCAUCGGUGCAGCAACAGGCAUGGCAUAUGGGAAAUUUGCAAGCUUUGCAGUCUCCCAAUUAGAUCCUACAUUCCAUCUCUCCAUUUUGGAAGUGGCAUCACCUCAAGCAUAUGGACUGGUGGGUAUGGCUGCUACUCUUGCAGGAGUCUGUCAGGUACCUCUUACUGCAGUCCUGCUUCUGUUUGAACUGACACAGGACUAUCGUAUAGUUCUACCCCUCCUAGGAGCUGUUGGGUUGUCUUCAUGGAUUACAUCUGGAAAGACAAGGAAAAGGGAUAUUGGAGAUAAAAUGUUCUCUGUUAAAGGAAAUUGCAGUGUGAGAUCACCCUCUAACUUAAGCGGGUUAUCUUCAAGUAGUGUCCUUGCAACAGGAGUAACUCAUGCAACUGAGCUGUGUGAACUUGAGAGUUCACUCUGUGUAGACGAUUCCUCUACUGAAUUCAAGGACUUGGAGGAAAGGAUCUCUGUGUCACAAGCCAUGCGAACAAGAUUUGUGACUGUCCUGAUGAAUACCUUGUUAACAGAGGCAGUGGCUCUCAUGCUUGCAGAGAAACAGUCUUGUGCAGUGAUAGUUGAUAAUGACAACUUGCUAAUAGGUUUCUUGACACUUGACCAAAUUCAAGAGUUCAGCAAAUUAGUUAAAGAUGGAAGUGCACAAUCUGAGGUACAGAAACUUCAAGUUUCUGAAAUGUGCCACUCGAAUUGUGAAAAAUGUUCAGUACCAUGGACAGUAACACCAGACAUGAAUCUCGUAUCUGCACAAAGGAUCAUGGCUAGACAUGGUAUAAGCCAACUACCAGUUGUCUCAGAAAUAGUUGAAGAUCACAGAGGACACCCAAUCGGUCUUUUAGAUAGGGAAUGUAUCCAUAUAGCUUGCAGAGCUGUAGCAACCAGAGAAUCACUCCGCUUGUCCUCUAUACCAAAAAGGCAUAGAACAUAAUGCAUAAAUAGACAAAUUUUUUGGGUUAAACCAGGAUAAUUCACAGAAUGGCUUUACAUCAUAACAUAUGAUUGGAGGCAAUCUGCAAGGAUCUUUCAAAGUUGAGUGUUCCAUUUGAUGCAGUUUAGCAUUCGAGUGCACUGCUUGUCUGAACUGGAGACUCAAAUGAGAUCUGGUACCACAGCAGUGAAAUCAGGACAUCCUUGCCAGAUUUAGACCAUCACAACAUUGUUAGAAUUCUCUGAGAAUACAGAAUCAAUAGGUGAUGUUUCUGAACUCGGAUGGUAUGGGACCCCUAAAUUGCUUUAUCAAAAUUUCACAGGGACUGAAUCACUGAAUGGAGAAUGUUUAAUGUGAACAGAGAAAGAAAGAGAGAAUGUUCUGUUGUAUAGAUGAAGCAGACUUGUAUGACAUUGAUACAUUCACAGACUUCAAAAGUUUAUCUACCCUUUUCAAAAACUUAAUCUGUAGGUUUUCUCACCA